AUGCCCAAGGUGCUCAAGGCGCUCGCUACAGCCACAUCCGUUAAGCUCAGCUCUCUCUACCACGGCUCCGCGCCAGAAGAGAGCCUUAUGGAAGCUUAUUGCAGUCUGGCGUUCACGCUCUUCGAAGAUGCCGAAUUGCUCAAAAACGGGGAUGUGCGCGCGCCGCUCGUGCAGAUCGUGGCGCAGUGCGCCGUGAAGCAGGGGUACCUGGUGCAGGUGGUAUCUGGCCUGCUGCACCUGCUGCACCACCAGAAGCACUCCCCCGAUUUAGUCACGGACGUGGUGGUGUACGCGGAUGAGCAGCUGGGGCAGGCGAGCCUGGCGGCGGCGGUUCUGCAGGACGUGGGGAGGACGGGGCUGAAGGAGUAUAGCCGCGCCAACAGCGGCGUGCACGAGGUGGCGGAGUUCCUCAUCGCCCUCUCCAACAAGCAGCCUCGCCUGCUCGCCGCCUCCCUGCCGCUGCUCGUCCCGCACCUCGAGCACGGGGAGUCCGCCGUGCUGCGCUGCGCCAUCGUCACCGCCAUCAGCCGCCUCCUCGCGCGCCUCUACUCCGCCGACGCUGGUGGAGCGCCUGGCGGAGCGGUGCCCGCGGCAGGAGACGGGGGCGUGGAGGGGGAAGGAGCGGAAGGGGACGAGGACGGGGAGGGCGGAAGGGAUUCCGCGGAGGAGGAAGGCCCCGCGGCGAGGGGCGCGAUGCGCGCGCGGUUGCAGCGACUGCGGAGCAAGCAGGGGCUGCUGGCGGUGCUGAUGGAGCGCGCGCGCGACCAGUCCGCGCACGUGCGCAGUCGCGUGAUGCAGGCGUGGGCGUGGCUGUGCGGGGAGAAGGCGGUGCCGCUGGGGCACUGGAACGCCGUGGCGGAGCUGGCGGUGGGGCGGUUGGAGGACAAGUCAUCGCUUGUGCGGAAGAACGCGCUGCAGGACGUGCUGCUGCUCUGGCAAGUGAUGGUGGAUAUUUGGGAUGUGGCCGUGGUGGAGUCAUGGGUUGAUGAGAAUCCGUUCGGCCCGAGCUUGCGAGUGGCCCCCUUCGAGGUCACCCUGGAGAAGGCUCGUGCCGAGCUGGCAGCCAUGGAGGAGAGCCGCCGGCGCGCCGAGCAGCAGGAGGCCAGGGAAGGAGGCGAGGCCGACGGUGAUGGAGAGGGAGAGGGCGAAGGGAUGGAGGGUGCAGGAAAUGAAGGGGCAGGAGCAGCGGCUGCAGCAGUGGAAGUGGGGGAAUCUGAAGUAGGGGUGGGUGAUGAUAGCUGGGUGGACUCCCAGGCGACCCAGGGGGACGGGGAGGGACAGGGAGAGGGAGGCAAGGCAGGAGGCGCUGCUGGUGGUACUGCUGCAGAGGGGCUUCCAAACGGAGCUGCUGGGGCAGCAGGCGCAGCAGGGGCAGCAGGUGCGGGGGGGAAGGCGGUGCUGGGGCGGGCGUUCGGGGUGGAGCAGACGCGCACGCUGGUGGCGUCGUUGAGCGCGGGGCUGCAGUUCUGCCGCCUGCUGGCCGCCGUCACGGGCGCGCUGGCGGCGCUGCUGGGCUCGAGCGCCGUGUCGGACGUGGAGGGCGCCAUUCUGCUGCUCACGGCGCUGCAGCACUUCCGCGUGGAUGGGGCGAGUGAAAGGCUUAGGAAGAUCCUGCCGCUGGUCUUUUCUCACGACCCAGCAGUGCGAGCAGCAGUGGAGGCGGCAGUGCUGGAGCUGCACGUGAAGGGGCGCUCAUCCCAGCAGGCAGCGCGCAGCCUCGUGGCUCUCACGCACGGCGCCUCCUCUGGCGACCUGGCAGCGCUGGAAGUGCUGGUGGGCACGUUCGUGCACAACGGGGACGUCACCAUGCAGAUGGUAACCAUCCUUUGGGACAUCUUCACUUUCAACCUGCCCGGAGCCACGUCAGCAGAGAGCACAGGCGCGCUGAUUCUCCUCUGCAUGGCCGCAAAAACCCGCCCGGAAAUCCUCAACCACCAUCUGAGCGCGCUCCUAGCCAUAGGGCUAGGCAGGCGGGCUCAGAGCGACCCUCUCCUCGCUCUCUACACCUGUAUCGCCCUGCAAAGGGUUUCUGAGGAAGUUAGGGAGGAAAUGGGGGCAGGGCACCGGGUAUUUGCGCUGCUCGAGGGGGUUAUUUCGGGCAGCUCGCUGGAUCUGCCCGAAAGGGCGAGGUAUGGGGUGAUAGAGCAGGCGGUGAGGGCGCUUUAUGUGCUGCAUCCUGCGCCGGAGAGGUACUGUGGCGUGCUGCUGAAGAAGCUUGUAAAGGGGAUGUUUGGACGAGGUGUUGUUGUGGGGAGUGGAGGGGGGAGUGGUGGUGGAGGAGGGGAGGGUGAGGGGAGGGAGAGUAGUGGAGCUGCCCUCGAGCACCUGGUCCACGUGGAGAGGCUUGUGCGCCGCGUCCGGGCAGCCCGGGCAGCGAAGGAAAAAGCCGAGGCUGAAGCGGCCGCAGAAGCCAUGGAGGCCAGCCUGACCGGGAAAAAAGCGAAGGCAAGCAGGAAGAGCACAGGCCGUAAGAGUACAGUCUCUGGGGCAGGGAAGAGGAGAAGCGUCGCUGCCACCCCUGGAGCGUAUGAGUACGAGAGUGAAGAGGAGGAGGCAGGCGUAGAGAGUGUGGGUGUGAGAGAGGAGGAAGAGGGGCAUUCGGGUGAUGGAGGGGAGGGCGGGGGAAGGGAGGAUAAGAUGGGGGAGGAGUUGGGGACGGCAGUGACAGUGGAAGCACAGCUAGAGGCGCUGCAGGAGCAGGUGGAGGGGGAGAUAGUGGCCAUGGAAAAGGGGCUGGAGAGGACGAGGGGAGAGGGGAGGGAGUACCUGGUGGGGCGGGUGGCGUGGUUUGUCUCGGCGCUGUGCAGGCGACCUCAGGCGUUUGCAGCGAGUCAGGGCGUGUAUGUGUGUGCUGUGCUCUCAUUGUCCAAGCUCAUGGCCAUCGACAGCCACUUCUGCGAGUCCCACCUGCAGCUGCUCUUCACACUCCUCCGCACCCAUCCGCACCCCUCUGUGCGCGCCAACGCCAUGGUGGCCCUAGGGGACCUGGCUCUGCGCUGCCCCAACCUGCUGCAGCCGUGGACGCCCCACGCGUACACCGCUCUCAGCGAUGGGGACGCGUUCGUGAGAAGACAGGAGCUCUUGGUGCUCUCUCACCUCAUUCUCAACGACAUGAUGAAGGUGAAAGGGCACAUCAGCAGCCUGGCCGUGUGUCUGGAGGACCCUGAUCCGCGCAACGCUGACCUUGCCCGCCUCUUCUUCCACGAGCUCUCCAAAAAGGCGUCUGUCACCUGUUCGCGCCCGUCCUGCCGUCACGGCCUCUCGCACGUCUUCAUUCCCCACAACCCCUCCACCUGCAGGCUCCUCGAGUUGACUUUUGAGUCGACUCAAAAGUCAACCCACAACCCCUCCACCUGCAGGCUCCUCGAGUUGACUUUUGAGUCGACUCAAAAGUCAACCCACAACCCCUCCACCUGCAGGCUCCUCGAGUUGACUUUUGAGUCGACUCAAAAGUCAACCCACAACCCCUCCACCUGCAGGCUCCUCGAGUUGACUUUUGAGUCGACUCAAAAGUCAACCCACAACCCCUCCACCUGCAGGCUCCUCGAGUUGACUUUCGAGUCGACUCAAAAGUCAACCCACAACCCCUCCACCUGCAGGCUCCUCGAGUUGACUUUUGAGUCGACUCAAAAAUUAACCCACAACCCCUCCACCUGCAGGCUCCUCGAGUUGACUAUUGAGUCGACUCAAAAGUCAACCCACAACCCCUCCACCUGCAGGCUCCUCGCUCGUCUACAACCUCCUCCCGGACAUGCUGAGCCACAUGGCGGUGAAUCCGCGCCUCUCAGAGCCCUCGCUGCACGCCAUCCUGCGCUUCCUCAUCGCCUUCAUAGACAAGGACAAGCAGCGCCUUUUGAGGCGCCUCUAAAGGACAAGGACAAGCAGCGCGAGGGGCUCAUCCACAAGCUCUGCCCUCACUCUAUUCCUCCACUUCCCCCUCCCUUCCCCACUCGCCUCGUGCUCUGCCCCCUCCCCGCCCCUCCGUUGGCACUCCCCCCCCCAUUUGUUCCUUUCCUCCCACCAGGCUCCUCUCUGGUCUACAACCUGCUGCCGGACAUGCUGAGCCACAUGGCGGUGAACCCGCGCCUCUCAGAGCCCUCGCUGCACGCCAUCAUGCGCUUCCUCAUCGCCUUCAUAGACAAGGACAAGCAGCGCGAGGGGCUCAUCGACAAGCUCUGCCACCGCUUCACCAACGCCCACCCCGCCUCCUCCUCCGCCUCCUCUGCUGGUGCUCCUGCUGCUGUUGCUGCUGCUGCUGCUGACCCUGCUGCUGCUGCUUCAGCUGCUAUGGCGGAUGUUCCUGCUGACGCGGCCGCCAGUGCCACUGCUGGGGAUUCUGCGUCUGCUGUUCCUACCGCUGCCUCUGCUGACAAUGCAGCCUCUGUUACUGCUGCUUCUGGGGAAGGCAUCAGCACCCACACCAGCGCUAACGCCAGCGGCAACAGCAGCGCCAGCAGUGCCAGUGGUAGCAGCAGCAGGGGCGGCAGGGACGGGAGGGUGCAGCAGCAGCGCAUGGUGGCGUUCUGCCUCUCCCUGCUGCCCAUCUCCGAACGAGGGGCGCGGAGGCUGAUGGACAACUACAAGGACGUGAAGGACGCGCUGGGGGACGCUGCCGUGCUGGAGUACCUUAAGACUGCCACUGGCAAGAGGAGGCUGAUGGACAACUACAAGGACUUGAAGGACGCCCUGGGGGACGCUGCCGUGCUGGAGUACCUGAGGAGUGCCACUGGCAAGGCGAAGAAGUUUGCAAAGCCAGAGCUGAGGGAGGAGUUGGAGAAGUUUGAGGAGCUUACUGGGGUGGAGGAGAGUGAGGAGGAGGGUGAGAAGGAUGAAGAGGUGGAGGGGGAAAGUGCUGGGGAGGAGGAGGCGAUGGGUACUCAGGAGGCAGAGGGAGAAGAGGACGAAGGGAGGGGGAUGAGUGUGAGAAGGAGCAGCCGUGGUGGUGGUAGAAGGAGCAGUGUGAGUAGCAGGGAGGUUUUGAAGGGAGCAGGGAGGGCGCGGGGUGGGGCAAGGGAGGAGGGGGAGAGGAGAGAGAGUGGGCGCAGCAGUGGGAGGAAAGGCAGGAGCAGCAUGAAGGGUGGGAAUGCUGGCAGCGGAGGAGGUGGGCGGAGGAGGAAGCUGGUUGCAUGGAGUAGCAGUGAGGAGGAGAGUGGAGAGGAGGAUGAGGAGGAGAGUGUAGAAGCGAGUGAGGAGGAAGUGGAGGAAGUGGUGGUGCAGAGGAGUGCAGGGCGCAGGGGGCAGGGAAGGAAUCAGAGGAGGACAAGUGGGUCUAAGGAAAGGGGGGAAUCAGAGGAAGAAGAGGGAGGGGAGGAGGCAGAGGAGGCAGAAGAGGCAGAGGAGGAGAGUGAGGGUGUUGAGGAAGUAAGUGGCAGUGGGGAGGAGGGCAGUGAAAUUGAAGCGAGUGAGGAGGGGAGUGAGGGAGGAGAUGAAGGGGACGAGAUAGAUGACAUGGAUGUUGAGGAAGUCGGUGAGCAGGGGGGACUGGAUGAGGAUGAGGAAGGGGAGGAGGCCGAGGGGUAUGAGGAGGAUGAGGAGGGGGAAGGGAGCGAGGACGAUGGAGACAGGGACGUUGUGGCAGAUAAGGCCCAGGCGUUUCAGGUUGAACUGAGGCCUGUUGGGGAGAGGAAGCUUCCUGGCAGGCAGGGUGGCAGUGAGGAGAGGAAUGGCGGGACAGAGAACGUUGUCUUGAGGCCAGUGGGCGAGAGGAAAAGUAGGGGGAGGGCGCAGAGGAGAGCGGUAUUGGAUAGUGACAGUGAUGGGAGUGAUAGUGAUGGAGGGGGUGUGGCUGAAGGAGGCGGGACGGCCAUGAGGCGGUUGAAGAACAGGCGGGCUGCACUGCUUGGGAGUGAGAGUGAGAGUGAAGGGGAGAUGGACACGUGUGGGAGGAAGUCGCUUGGAAGGAGGAAGCCUGCCACUCCCAGGUAA